AUGGCGCCCUCUAAAGAGGACUAUCCUAGUAAACAGAGCAUGAGUGACUCGGAGGCUUACCACGAUGACGGACAGGCUCCUCCCGACGACGCGUCGGCAUCGGAAACCGGAGACGUAUUGACCCUGAAACAGGCAGUGAAGGCGCGCAGAGGCGAAUACACCCGGUCUCGCACCAUUCGCAUCAAGGUGGGCACCUGGAAUGUCGCUGCCAUUUCGGGCACUGAAAGAGACAUUGGAAAAUGGUUUGUGGAGGGGAAAGAAACCACACGCCAUGCUCUCGAACAGGAGGCGUCAUCAUUAUCCUCAUCAUCAUCCUCAUCGACCGAGAAUCAACCUGAGCUAGCGCAGAAAGAACAUAAAAAGCCUGAGUCGACACGGGGAAACCCUGAAGGCUAUUCGCCGGCUGAUAUCGGAAUAUAUGUGCUUGGGUUGCAGGAAAUCGUCGACGUUGCGUCGGCUUCUACGACACUGAGCCCCUUUACGGAUGUUGGGCCUGUUACUCGCUGGAAAGAUGCAGCACAGAAGAACCUUCCUGCUGGCUACCAAUUGGUUGCCGAGUCGCAUUUAGUAGGGUUGCUUCUCCUGAUUUAUGCAGCUCCAAAUGUUACGCCAACGAUAUCCUCUGUUAGCUCUUCUACCACGGGGACGGGGCUAAUGGGAUAUAUGGGGAAUAAGGGGGCUACAGUAACCCGUCUCGUACUAGGCGAGACUACGCGCCUGGUGUUUGUCAACUGUCACUUGGCUGCUGGCGCCGACAAAGGAAGCCUUGAGAGGCGGAAUUGGGACGCGGCUCAGAUUGUCAGUCGCACAAAAUUUAGCGCUGUUGACCCGGACAAUGAGAUUUCCGACGAAGUCAACGAUAGCAUCGGCAAUGAGGAAUUUGCUUUCUGGUUUGGUGAUCUGAACUAUCGGCUGGAGGAUAUCCCGGGCGACGAUGUCCGGCGUCUCCUUACGCUGCAUACCCAGAAUGAUUACGAUGCGAGGCACAUGUUCCGGUCACAGCAUACUGGAGACCUCCCGUCGCCUGUUCUAGUUGCAGAAUCCGAUUCUGACGAGCCUUUAAGUGACGAAGAGGCGAGCGAUGUAAAGACGCAGGUUUCUUCGAAAUCUUCUCAGAAUACAAGCGACUCGUCUUCGCACGAUACCCCGAACCAGCAGCCUAGUGUGCCAACGGCCAUGGUGGAAACCAUGGAUCCGUCUGUUGACCCGUCGUCUCUUUUGACGACCCUGAGGUCUUUGCUACCUCACGAUCAGCUGCACAGCCAACAGCGAGAGGGGAAAGCAUUCCAUGAAGGAUGGAGAGAAGGAGAAAUAAGAUUCCUACCGACUUAUAAGUAUGAUGUUGGGAGUAUCGCAAUGUUCGAUACGAGUGAAAAACAAAGAGGCCCGAGCUGGUGCGACCGAAUACUUUAUAGAUCAAGAGAUGACCGUUUGAAGUACAAUAGACAAGUUAGAGAAACAGAGGAAGCACGAAAGAGAGACGAGGAGAUGAAGGCACGAGGGGUGGAUAAGGCUGCAGAUGACGAAAAUGUCUUGUUCGACUAUAACCCCGACACAGAUGGCGCAAAUGAGGAGGAAUACAGAGAGGAUGAAGAUGGCUCAGAGGCACCAUCGCACGACGAAUCGAAAGAGGAUCCUAUAAAAUUAACACAUUAUACCUCACAUCAGGGAGUCCUUUCUUCCGACCACAAACCUUUGGAUGCUGCUUUUACACUGACCUAUGAAGCUGUCAUCCCGGAGCUCAAGAGAAAGAUAUAUCAGGAUGUCGUGAGAGAACUUGAUAAAGCCGAGAACGAAGCCAGACCGGAUCUGACUGUGAUUGUUGACAGCCACCCUGACGAAUCCGAGGAAGCGCCUCAAGACAUUGCAUAUGACCAGAAUGCCAUCUACUUUGGUAGUGUGCCAUUCGGUGUCCCUGUGAGCAGGACUGUGACUGUUGCCAACACCGGCGCCGUACCUGCUACCUUUUAUUUUACAUCGAGACUCGUUUCUGAUCCUGUACGAUCAAAGGAGAAUCCGCCACCAUGGCUCGAAGUGAGAGUUGAUUGGCCUGAAGACGAAAGGAAAAAGGACGACAAGAAAAAGGACGAAAAGGAGCAGCGGUAUCAACAGACAUACACAAUUGCACCGGGAGAUUCGGCCGUCGUGGAAGUGACAGCUUGUGUAAGGCAAUUGGAGUAUGUGCGGGCGUUAAAUGACAGCACCGCCAAGGUCGAAGACAUUCUAGUGUUUCGCGUCGCCGGGGGGCGGGACCAGUUUAUUCCAGUCUACGGCCGAUGGCUGCCAACGUGUUUUGGUCGAUCACUCGAUGAACUGACGCAUAUCCCUGAGGCUGGAGUUCGCAGCCUGGGAACUGCACAUCCGUCAGAAGCUGAAAGAACCGGGAAAAACAUCAGGUUAUCGGCCCCGCGGGAAUUAUUUCGUUUGACAGAAGCAAUCUCGCGUCUAAGUGAAAGAGCCGUUGCUGAAUGGGGCAUGAUGAAAGGAGAUUCUGACGACGAAACGCCACCUUGGUUAUCCGAGCCACACGGGCUUGGAUGGCCAUUCGACCCUGAAUCGUGGACGUUUCAAGGCGACGAUCAACGAGCUUCGCUUCUGUUUAGUGUUCGUGAAGCUUUGGAUACCGGGAGCCCCCUGAGCUCAAUCUUCCCGCCAGAGGUGGCAUCGCUGCCACGGCUAGAAAUCCUUGCAGAAACACUAGUGUUCUUUUUGAAAUCUCUCAAGGAUGGCAUCAUCCAAGCCGAGACUUGGAAGACGCUGGAGCAGCAAUUGACGGCUCGAGAAAAGUCGAAAACCCCUUGGCACUCCUCGGAGGAGAUCCAAGCCUGGGUCCUGGACACUCUGGCUCCGUCGCCUGUACACAGCGUCUCCUUUACAUUCCUGACCUUCAUGUUGACUCAAAUAAUCAACGAAGUUGCACCUGCGACAAACCCUGCUGCUCUACCUGCGUCACUAGAUCGACCCGCUCCACCGUCACAAACCGAUCCCAACACCACGCCAGAGCAAUCUGCCCCGAGGUUUUUGGCCCAAAUACGGCAAAAACGAGGCACACUCACAUCAUCAGAAUGGUCCGAAGCCAAGGACAAAAGGGAUGUCACCGCUGACAAGAGCAAAGACACCACCACCCCUACCACCCAUCUUGAUAACCCGACAGACCGACGGCGCGACGCGGUCGAAUUGGCGCUGUCGACCUUGUUCGCAGAUCUGAUGGUCUCGUCAUCUGUACCCACGCCAUCCAAAGAGAAAGAACGCCUUGCAUCCGAGGAGCGGAAACGGGUGAUUAUACAGGCCUUUUUGCAGCCUGCGACAACACCUAAUCCUGACACGGGCAUUGCCGGAGAGCCUGCUGAGGAACGGAAGCAGGAGCAACCACAAGAACAACACGAACAACAACAAGAAGAAGAACAGAAAUAG